CAGCUGCUGCUCGACUCGGAGGAGGAGAAUCCGACGGCGAUGUCGAGGCAGCUUGCCGGUGAACGGAACCACGUGAGCCGUUGCGACCUCCGAGAACAGCGCGACCUACGCGACAUCCGGAACUUUCGUCACGUCGCGGACCUCAGAGACGUCAGGGACGACAGGGAGAGACACGGUUCCGGGAGGUACCAUCGGGACGAGUACCUGGAUUACGACCACCAUCCUACCGCUGCGUCCACCUCGGCACUCACCAAUAAUCCGGGCUCGGCAGACUCGAACUACUCACAGCCGAGCUCGGAUCUCUCGCUGGACGAGGAGAAAGAGAACUUGCGUCGUGAGAAGGAGAGGCAGGCCCUCGAUCAACUUGAAAGAGCCAGGACGAAACCGGUAGCGUUUGCAGUGCGGACCAAUGUGAGUUAUGACGGAUCCAUCGACGAUGAUUCGCCGGUCCAUGGCUCGGCUCUCAGCUUCAUGGUUCGUGACUUUCUGCACAUCAAGGAGAAGUACGACAACAACUGGUGGAUAGGGAGGCACGUGAAAGAGAACGCGGACGUCGGUUUCAUCCCAUCCCCGCUGAAGUUGGAGACCCUGAGGCAGCAGGCGACCGCUGCACGUGGCACCAAGGGUCUCUAUUCGACUCGUGGAGGGUCUUUAGCGCACCUUGGCGAGAGUGGUAUGCCCUCACGUGGUUCCACACCACCUACACCAGGUGACGACAGCGACAGCGUGGCGAACGUGAGGGGCGGUAAGGCUACGUUGACCACACUACCAGUUAAGGAGAAACGGAAGAACUUCUUCAAGAAGCCGUCCUACGAAAUGACCACGCCGUACGAUGUUGUACCGUCAAUGAGGCCUGUCGUCCUGGUGGGUCCAUCACUGAAGGGUUAUCAAGUCACGGACAUGAUGCAGAAGGCGUUGUUUGAUUUUUUGAAGCAUAAAUUCGAGGGCAGAAUAAUUAUCACCAGGGUGAUGGCGGACAUUUCACUGGCAAAGCGAUCGAUGUUGAACACGAUAGAACGACCCGCUGGCAGGAGCACCUGCUCAGCGGAGGUUCAAGCUGAGAUCGAGAGGAUCUUCGAGCUUGCCAGGUCUCUCCAGUUGGUGGUUUUAGACUGCGACACAAUCAAUCAUCCGUCACAGCUAGCUAAGACCAAUCUAGCGCCAACGAUCGUCUACUUGAAGAUCUCGUCGCCUAAGGUACUCCAACGGUUGAUCAAAUCACGCGGCAAGUCGCAGAUCAGACAUCUGAAUGUGCAAAUGGUGGCCGCGGAGAAAUUAGCCCAGUGUCCACCGGAGAUGUUCGACGUGAUCCUCGACGAGAAUCAACUGGAGGAGGCGUGCAACCACGUGGCCGAGUACCUGGAAGCAUAUUGGAAGGCCACACGUCCUGACGGGAUCAUCACGCCUAUACCACGUCCGAUUCCUGCGCCGGAUGCACCUGCCGACGCGUUACCACCUCGCGUCUCAUCAGGUGCCCAUCAUGAGAGUUACUACGGCCACGAGCCAAGAGGUUCGGGCAAGUACAGCGGCGGACACGUGAGCGAGGGAGGCAGGAAAUCGAGGCUGGAGAGGACGGAUCGUGAUCGUGGCGAUCGUGGUGACCACGACUACGGCACCGAGGAGGAAUCGUACGUUGGUGGCGUCGAUUACGGCAGUGCAUCGAGGCGUCGCCAGCAGCAAGAUCCGCGCGCAUUGAAUGCCAUUUAGGAGCUGGGGCCCCGGGGCCUGUCGCUACAGCGCUGUCCCCACCUGCGCACCACUGCUCUUUAGUGGGGUCGCCACCUGGAUUUCCGCAAAACGAUGGGCGGGUUCAAAUGAUUAUCGAAUGUCCUUGUCGAUAAACAAAAGGUACGCACAGGAUAAAUCCCCCAUUCGCGGAACCAGCUCAACGGAGAUGAAUAGAGAGUACACGAGAAUAAUGUCACGUGAACAGACAAACGAGCUGAAUUACACACUCGUGACACGAUUGAGUGUAAAGAAAAAAAAAAAGGUAGAGAGAAUCUCG